AUGUAUGAAAAAGAUUUACCAAAGAUUGCCCAUUAUAAAGAGUUAACCUCUUAUUUAUUCAAUAAAAGAGAUUCACAGACUUAUGACGAGGAAACGUUCAAGUUGACUACUCGGUUGUUGCAAUUGAACCCGGAAUUCUAUACUAUGUGGAACUUUAGGCGUGAAAUAAUCGACAAGGUAUACGCGCCACAUCUGGAAAUAUACAUUGAGAUAUUAAACGAUGAGUUGAACUUGAUUCUUUCAUUAUUGAAAAAGUUUCCUAAAGUAUACUGGAUAUGGAAUCAUCGAAGAUGGUGUUUGUUUAAACUCGUUGAGUUGAAAUCAGUUGAUUGGGAGUUUGAGUUCAAAACAGUAGGGAAGAUGUUGGAAUUGGAUCAACGUAAUUUCCACGGUUGGCAAUACCGACGGUUUGUAGUUGAAAACCUCGAAAUUCAAAAAACCGGAAACGAUAAAGAAUUGGAGAUAUUGAAUUUGAAUUUGAAGGAAUUCGAGUAUACCACUAGCAAGAUUCAACAUGAUUUUCUGAAUUUUUCAGCAUGGCAUAAUAGAACUAAAUUAAUACCAAUAAUAUACAAUUUGGUCAAACAGCUAGGAAAAAGGCUGUAUGAUGGCGGUGUUGAUAAUGACAAAAUUAAACUAUUUGAAAGCCCAUUAUCGAUACUUUAUAAUGAUUUGGAGAUUCUCAAAACGGGAAUAUACAUGUGUCCUGAAGAUAAUUCAGUAUGGCUAUACUUUUGUUGGCUACUCUCGGAUAAAUUCUUUGUACUGGCAUUUGAUUCAAUAAAGGAUUACAUUGAAGUUCUCAAUAACCAAUUAGAACUCAUUAAGGAAGUAAACGAGUUAGAGAAAGAAGACACGGGGAACGAAAAUGUAGGAUGUUUGAGAAGUUUGGUAUAUGUCCAUGCAUUAAUCAAUAAAGCUCAAAAUGAGGAUAUCUUGGAAAACAAAGAGGUGGUUACCAAUUUGAAAAAAUUGAUUGAAUUGGAUUCGUUAAGGAAACAUCGCUACGAAGACCAACUACUGGGUAAAGUGCUUAUUAUUUGA